UAAAGGAUUGGGGACACAAGCAAACGGUACCCUAACCCUAAACCCCAAAUCGUAAUCGAUUUGAGCCUCCACAACCACACACUCUCUCUGACUCAAAAUUGAAAAUUGUCAUCUUUAUUUUCUGAAUCUUCAAAACACAAAACACAUGGAGGAGAAAGGGAAAGGUUUGGCGAUGCAAUUCGAGAUCGCUUUAUUUGCUUCAACGUCAAGUUCGAAGGAUGGAAUACAGGCAGAGUGGUAUACCAUUAAGGUCCCAGAUACAGAGAGUUCUUCUUCUUCGCCAAAUGUAGUAACUACCAUUCAGAAACCGCUCCGUCCGUUUUCUGAAGUCAAGUUGGCUUGGGCAGACAGAGAACAUGCAGUCAUAGGGUCCCGUCUGUACUCUCUUGGGGACAUGAAUCCUGAUUCUGAACCUCACGCCGACGUAACUACCCCCGAAUUCGAUCGUUUUCUUAAAGUGCACAGCUUUGACCUUAGCACUCCUGAUGAUGGUUGGAAACCUGUCGCUACCAUGACUUUUCCUAAUAGGUUCGAACCUCCCUGCCUCGUCCUCGACAAUAAGUUAUAUGUGUUAGGUGGCUUUGCAUCAGACAGAUAUUCAUCAGAAGUAGAAGCAAAAGGGUAUGGCUGGAUGGAGGUUUAUGAUCCCGUUUUAAAUACAUGGGAACCCUUGCCCAAUCCUCCUCUUGAGUUUGGGUUUCCACUCUGUGUUCCUCUUCCUGUUUAUUUCGCUGCUCUCGAUUCCAAAAAACAGAUUCUUGUUGCUCAAAAUGAAGGUGCGAGGUAUAAAGCUACAUUCUAUGUUUAUCAUGUGAUCGAUCGAUGUUGGACAGUACUUGAGCCUCCCGGGCGCGAGCUACGUCCUCAUUAUCCUGACCCGGUUUUGGGAAGACGAAGUGUUGUUGUUGAUAACACUAUCUAUUGGGGUUUCGUUCUAGAUGGGUAUGUCUUCGUACAAUCUUUCAAUAUAUAUACGGAUCUGUACUUCCACGGAAGUUUGGACACUCAGCUAUUUUUUCGGGAUAGUGAAUUUGAAUUUCUGGGUUGUCCAGUGUUACCUUUGCUCCAUUUAGCUGAUCAGAGAUUCUGCCUUUUCCUGUUCACCUUGGUUGAUAAAAUGGAAUACGCUGGUAUGGUAUAUCUUAAUUGUAUUGUACUUGAUAUCUCUCUAAAUCCAUUUAAAGAUGAGGGCAAGCAACAGUCUAAAGUAGAGUUCGAUGAAUGUUAUAAAUAUAAUUUUAUGGGGGAUUCCAGUAAACAGCUUAAUAUUUCCCUUGUGUCCGUCCAAAGGUAUCCCUUGCGUAAUAUCUUCUGGCUCUAUGAUGCUUUGUUGCUGGAUCGCCCAAAGCUAUUACAUGAAACAAGCGUAAUGAUCAAAGAUAAUUAAGGUUGUAGGUUGUUUCCUUGAAGAUUCUGCAUUAAGAAACAGAAACCAGAACCUACAACAGAGAACAUAAGCAACUAAGUUGCUGCCCACCAGUUACAGAGCUCAAGACCAGCAACGGCAAGAAACUGCAUAACACAACACACCAGACCAAGUAACACCUAUAACCUCUUACACAAUCAUUUCCGAAGACAGAAAAGUUGAUUCUCCAAUUACAAUAGAGAACUCUAUUAACUAAGAGUUCUUAACUCUCAUUCCAAACUCAAUCUGGGCCUUGAGGUCUCUGUUUAGAGUUAGGAUAGUCUCAUGGGAUUUGAUAUCUUGGCAAAACACAAGAGCUUUCCUUUGGAGCCAGAGGUGGUACACAGCAGCAGCCAGAGCCAACCUUUUGGUUGAACCCUUAAACUUUUUCCUUUCCAAUUAUCAAUCCCCCAUUGAACAAGUUUUUCCCAACAUUAGUCCAGAUUCUUCACUAGACAUCUCUUCUUGACUUGCCAAAUCCUCUUAGCAAAAGGACUCUAGAAGAAAUGAUCUCUAGUAAUAAAAAUACCAGGUUUAGUAUGAACCAGCAUUUAAUCUAUGCAAGGAUCACAAUGGAAAUGGGAGGCUGGUGCAACUUCUCCCUUGUUGCUGCGAGCUGGCAACACAUGCCAUGAUCUUUUCUCUUUUGAUUUUCUAUCAACAUUGUAUUUUAUUGAUGAGUUCUAGUUCAAAUGGCAUUUCCUUUCCUUUCCUUGUAAGAGCAUGGAAUAGAAUGAGAGUGCAUGAGUAAGUUAUCCCAAAACAAUCAAAGAUAGAGAAACAAAAAUUACCUCGUUGUGUUCUUUUGGAAAAACAUACUGGAAGGAGGGGUGCAUACCAUGACCAGAGAACUUCAGAAGGUUUGAGCCAUAAGAAAGCAAUUUUUGUAUUCCUUAAUAUAGUGAUUGACCUUGAUUAAAUAAUCUCUAAUUAAUAGUUUAUCCCAAAAUUUUGGGACUAAACUAUUACUAUUUGGUAGAA